GGCGCCGGCCCGGGGCUGGGGAGGGGCGACGUGAGCCGGGAGCAGAGCUGGAAGAGAUCCGGGCUGUGUUUCCAACAGCUUCUUCGCCCCUCUGCACGUGCCGCGGACCCGGGUUUCCCGCGGCCGGCCCCCGAGUUCCGCGGCCCUGCGCCCCCCGCCCGGCCGCUGCUGGGGCCCGGGGCGCGGCGGCCGGGCGGGCGGUGGGGGGCGCGCCGCGAGCCGCGAGGCUAGGGGAGAGGACGCCGGGGCCGGGGGAGCGGCAGCCGGGCCGUGGCGAGGUUGAGUCAUGGAAACCCGGGCCCAGUUGGUUUUCAAGCCCGCAAGGCCAGAGGACGGCCGGAUUCUUUCCGACCUCCCGAGCCGACGCGCUGCCCUCAUGCCGGCAUGGCUGAAGAUGAGCCGGAUGCCAAGAGCCCCAAGACUGGGGGCCGGGCCUCCACAGGUGGAGCUGAGGCUGGGGAGCCUACCACCCUUCUCCAGAGGCUCCGAGGUACCAUUUCCAAGGCCGUGCAAAACAAAGUGGAAGGAAUCCUGCAAGAUGUACAGAAAUUCUCAGACAACGACAAGCUCUAUCUCUACCUUCAGCUGCCCUCAGGGCCCAGCACCGGAGACAAAAGCUCGGAGCCCAGCACGCUCAGCAAUGAGGAGUACAUGUAUGCCUAUAGGUGGAUCCGCAACCACCUGGAGGAGCACACGGACACCUGUCUGCCCAAGCAAAGUGUUUAUGAUGCCUAUCGGAAGUACUGUGAGAGUCUUGCCUGUUGCCGCCCGCUCAGCACAGCCAACUUUGGCAAAAUCAUCCGAGAGAUCUUCCCUGACAUCAAGGCCCGAAGGCUUGGUGGCCGGGGCCAGUCCAAAUACUGCUACAGUGGCAUACGAAGAAAGACCUUGGUGUCCAUGCCACCCCUGCCUGGGCUCGACCUUAAGGGUUCUGAGACCCCGGAAAUGGGCCCAGAAGUCACCCCUGCACCUCGAGAUGAGCUGGUGGAGGCAGCCUGCGCCCUGACCUGUGACUGGGCUGAACGAAUCCUGAAACGCUCCUUCAGUUCCAUCGUGGAGGUCGCCCGCUUCCUGCUGCAGCAGCAUCUCAUCUCUGCCCGGUCUGCUCACGCCCAUGUGCUUAAGGCCAUGGGGCUUGCUGAAGAAGAGGAGCAUGCCCCUAGGGAACGGUCUUCGAAGUCCAAGAAUGGUGUAGAGCACCUGGAGAGUGGAGGCCAUAAGAAACCAGAGAAAGCAGCCCAGCCUCCCAAGGAGCUGGAAGCCCGGGCUGGGGCUGCGGGACGUGGAGAGCGGAAGAAGAAUGUAGUUGAGAGCUCGGCCCCAGCAGCCAAUAACCCUCAGGUUAAUGCCCUGGUGGCCCGGCUGCCUAUGCUCCUUCCCCGGGCCCCUCGCUCACUUAUUCCUCCAAUCCGAGUCUCUUCGCCCAUCCUGGCCCCCAAGCUUCCUUCAGGCACCCUGAAAGUGGCUACACUGCCCCUGCCCAGUAGGCCUGGGGGACCCCAGGCAGCUGUGCCCAUCAUUAAUAUGAUCUUGCCAGCUGUUCCUGCUCUGCCCGCGCCUGGGCCUGGGCAGGCUCCUUCCGUGGGACUCACUCAGGCCUGGGGCACAGAGCACAGAGAGGUAGUCAUGGGUCAUGGUGACCCCGGAGCCCAUGACAAGAGUGGCAAGAGGACAGCUGAGGUACCCGUGAGUGAGGCCAGUGGGCAGGACCCACCAGCUAAAGCAGCAAAGCAGGAUAUGGAGGAUACAGCAAGCGAUGCCAGAAGGAAGCGGGGGCGCCCUCGGAAGAAGUCAGGUGGAAGUGGGGAAAGGAAUUCGACCCCCGACAAGUCAGCAGCUGCCGUGGACUCUGCCCAGGCCUCGGCGUCACCGUGGGAAACGUGGGGCUCCCGAAGGGAAAGCAGCUUCGUGGCAGGGUCAGGGUCAGAGAGGCCGGGGCCAGGGGGAGGGGCCGAGAAGCGCGCAGCGCUUGCCCCCGGUCAGGAAGAUGGCACUGUGUCCAGAGCAGGAAGGGGCCCCAGCUCUCGGCAUGCCAAAGAAGCGGAAGAAAAAACUCCCCUCGCUGCCCCAAAGGUCAGUGUCAUCAAGGGCAGCAGGAGCCAAAAGGAGGCUCUUCAGCUGGGGAAGGCAGAAGCAGGCACCGCCGCACAGGGCACUAAAGACUUCAGGGGGCACGGGCUCCAAGCCUCCCUGGCCCGUGAGCGUAAAGACCCCAAAGAGGCACCCCCAUGACGGCUGUGCGGGGAGGAGUUCCUGUCCUUCCGUGAGCUCUGCCUGUCCGCCUGGUAGAGGCCCUUCUCUGCACUUGCUUCUCGUGUGGCUGCUCUGCCCUGAAGGGAGUCCAUUCUCCUCUCAUGGACAGCGGCAUCACCCAGUCUCACACACUGCCUGGCUGCCACCUCUGGCCUUCCCAGCUCAAAACCUUGACUUUAUAGUGUAACCAAUAAAUCCAUAGUGACCUCUUACCUGGACCCCUGUGCUAUCCUGUGGGAAGAUAGGGAUGGGUAAGUAUAAUGAAUGUAUAGGUUAGGGCAUCUUCUGGUUUUAAAUCACAGAAAACCUAACUCAAACUGGGUUAAAAUAAAAGUUAAAAAAAAAAAAAAAA